CUAGGCAGACCCCAAAUGUGGCAGCUUUUAGCAGCAGCAUGCUGGAUGCUUCUUCUUGGCCCUCUAUGUGGUUAUCACAAGAAAGGAAGCAUCACAAAUCCUGAAGCUAAUAUGAAUAUUAGCCAAAUUAUUUCUUACUGGGGUUAUCCUUAUGAAAAAUAUGAUGUUGUGACAAAAGAUGGUUAUAUCCUUGGAAUUUACAGGAUUCCUCAUGGAAGAAGGUGUUCAAGAGCAGCUCCGAGGCCUGUUGUUUAUUUGCAACAUGGCUUAAUCGCAUCUGCCACUAACUGGAUUUGCAACCUGCCCAACAACAGCUUAGCUUUCCUUCUGGCAGAUGCUGGUUAUGAUGUGUGGAUGGGGAACAGCCGGGGAAAUACCUGGUCCAGAAAACACUUGAAAUUUUCACCCACAUCACCAGAAUUCUGGGCCUUCAGUUUGGAUGAGAUGGCUAAAUAUGAUCUUCCAGCCACAAUCAAUUUUAUUGUAGAGAAAACUGGACAGGAGCGACUCUACUAUGUGGGCCACUCCCAGGGCACCACCAUCGCUUUUAUAGCAUUCUCUACAAAUCCAGAGCUGGCUAAAAGGAUUAAAAUAUUUUUUGCAUUGGCUCCAGUCACUACAGUGCAAUACACCCGAAGUCCUAUGAGAAGAUUAACUACUCUUUCCAGACAAGCAGUCAAGGUAUUAUUUGGUGACAAGAUGUUCUCUCCUCAUACAUUUUUUGAACAAUUCAUUGCCACCAAGGUGUGUAACCGGAAGCUAUUUCGUCGUAUUUGCAGCAACUUCCUAUUUUCUUUUUCUGGAUUUGAUCCAAAAAACUUAAACAUGAGUCGCUUGGAUGUUUAUCUGGCACAGAGUCAGGCAGGAACGUCUGUUCAGAAUAUGCUACACUGGUCCCAGGCUGUUAAUUCUGGUCUGUUCCAAGCUUUUGAUUGGGGAAACCCUGAUAAGAACAUGGAGCACUUUCACCAGCUUACACCUCCUGUAUACAACGUUUCUCAGAUGGAAGUUCCAACAGCAAUGUGGAGUGGUGGACAGGACAAUGUGGCUGAUUCCAAGGACACUGAAAAUUUACUUCCUAAAAUCACCAGACUCAUUUAUUACAAAUUUAUUCCUCACUACAAUCAUGUGGAUUUUUACCUUGGACAGGAUGCACCCCAGGAAAUUUACCAAGACCUAAUUAGAAUGAUGGAGGAAUGUUUUUGAAGUUAAAUAUACUUACCUUUUUCUAAGCAAGCAAGUUUCCAUGAUAAUAAUAUGG